ACAGCCUCUGUUAGCAGGCAGGUAUACACAACAACAACCCCAAAAGAUGAUAUCGACUAGCACCUUGGUGGUUUAAUGUUUUUUUAAAAAUUUUGCCCGCAGUUGCAGUGCCACGCUGGGCAAGCAGAGAGUACAUUUCUUCACUCCGGGCGCCAACUAUGGAGGGUAAGCUGGAGGAUUUGCCGGAGAGAGAUGCUUCGGAAAGCUCGUCCGACACACUGUCCGAGGGCGAGCAGAACGACUGCUCGGACGCGGAGCUUCAGCGAGUGGCCGCAGAGCAGAGGGGGAAGGUGGGAGAUCCUGAGGAACACAGCACCGACGAGGAAGCACCCGACCGAGACGAUGACGAGGAAAGUGAACGAUUUGACCACAUCUUGUACCCACCGUCCUUUCCAUUUCGCAAGUCCAGCAAUCCUGAUGUUUCUUGUGGUACUGGCAAGGCCUUGAAAUUUAAGAGGCAGCUAAGUGAAGAUGCGAAGUACUUGAGACGAGGCAGUUUGGGGGGAGCUUUGACCGGAAAAUAUCUUCUUCCACCGGCUUCUACACAGCUAUCAUGGCAACAGACAAUGGAAACGACAAAUCUCAUUCGCAUGCACAGCCAGACAUUGGGUCAGUCAGCUCCCUCCCUCACUGCUAGUUUGUCACAGUUCCUCCUUAGUGCCAAGACCUGGAGGUGCAGAAAGGAAUUGAGCCUUCCCCGUAGAGGAAGUCUCCUGACACCAAGAAGCUUGAGCCCUACUCCUACAAGCCCUUGCAGUCCAUGUAGUCCACUACAUGCUUUUCAUUUUUGGAGUUGUCGCACUAACAAUAGGAAAAGCCUGAUAGGAAGCAGUCAGUCGACAGCGCUUCCUCGACCCCAUUCACCUCUGCCUGCUCAUUCAGCAGGAAACAGCCCUCAAGACAGCCCAAGAAAUUUCUCUCCUAGUGCCUCAGCUCAUUUUUCCUUUGCUCGAAGUCAUGGCCACAGAACUGACAGGAGUGAUGGGCGUCGAUGGUCUUUGGCUUCCCUCCCGUCAUCUGGCUAUGGCACAAAUACUCCAAGCUCCACAGUGUCCUCGUCAUGUUCAUCUCAGGAAAAGCUGCAUCAGUUGCCAUACCAACCAACUCCAGAUGAACUGCACUUUCUUUCCAAGCAUUUCUGUAGUACAGAUGCCAUCGCCAAUGAUGAGAAACGCAGGCCUCCUUCAAUGCGACCACGCUCCCGGAGUCUUAGCCCUGGACGUUCUCCAGCCUGCUGCGAUAAUGAGAUUAUCAUGAUGAACCAUGUCUACAAGGAACGAUUUCCAAAGGCCACAGCCCAGAUGGAAGAAAGGCUGCAGGACAUUAUCACUAGCUAUUCUCCUGAUAAUGUUCUUCCACUAGCAGAUGGAGUCCUCAGUUUUGCACAUCAUCAGAUCGUUGAGCUGGCACGAGAUUGCCUGGAUAAAUCCCGACAGGGCCACAUCACCUCAAGAUACUUCUUUGAAUUGCAGGAAAAAUUAGAAAAGUUGUUGCAAGAAGCUCACAAACGUUCUGAAAGUAAUGAAUUGGCGGUCAUUGAUCAGUUGGUCAGGAAAUUACUGAUCAUCAUUGCUCGCCCGGCUCGAUUGUUGGAAUGUCUCGAAUUUGAUCCUGAAGAGUUCUAUCACUUGUUAGAAGCAGCAGAAGGACAUGCUAAAGAAGGAGAAGGCAUUAAAUCGGAUAUUCCCCGUUAUAUCAUCAGUCAGCUGGGCCUUACUAGAGAUCCCUUAGAGGAAAUGGCCCAGUUGGCUAACUAUGAUAGUGGGACAGCAGAGACUCCUGAAACUGAUGACUCUGUGAGUAGCUUUAGUCCUUCAGUCCAAGGUAGGCGUAAGCCACGUGAAAUUGACUUUGAAACUAUGAAGCUGAUCAGUAAUGGAGCCUAUGGAGCUGUGUAUUUGGUUCGCCAUAAAGAAACCAAGCAGAGAUUUGCAAUGAAGAAAAUAAAUAAACAGAACUUGAUCCUUAGAAAUCAGAUCCAACAAGCAUUUGUAGAGAGGGAUAUCCUGACGUUCGCAGAAAAUCCGUUCGUUGUUAGCAUGUACUGUUCCUUUGAAACCAAGCGACAUUUGUGUAUGGUGAUGGAAUAUGUAGAAGGUGGAGAUUGUGCUACACUGUUGAAAAAUAUGGGCCCCUUACCAGUAGAUAUGGCAAGAAUGUAUUUUGCAGAGACAGUCCUUGCUUUGGAAUAUCUGCACAAUUAUGGAAUUGUACACCGAGAUCUGAAACCAGAUAACUUGCUUGUAACAUCACUGGGGCAUAUCAAACUGACGGAUUUUGGAUUGUCAAAAGUUGGACUGAUGAACAUGACAACUAACCUUUAUGAAGGACACAUUGAGAAGGAUGCCAGAGAAUUCCUGGACAAGCAGUGUAAUCAAAGGCAUUUAUAUAUACCAUGUUCGAUUAGGACUGGAUAUAGUCUGACCCUUCUUAUCCUUGAUUACUCUUGUACUGAUGCUCAUGUUUGUGGAACUCCAGAAUAUAUAGCUCCUGAAGUAAUCCUGCGACAAGGGUAUGGCAAACCGGUGGACUGGUGGGCCAUGGGGAUCAUUCUCUAUGAAUUUGUUGUUGGAUGCGUGCCUUUCUUUGGAGACACACCAGAAGAGCUCUUUGGGCAAGUGAUUAGUGAUGAGAUAAACUGGCCAGAAGGGGAUGAAGCUCCUGCAUCAGAUGCUCAGGACCUCAUUACUAUGCUGCUCAGGCAGAACCCAUUGGAGAGACUCGGGACAGGUGGUGCCUUUGAAGUAAAACAGCACAAUUUUUUCCAUGGCUUAGACUGGAAUGGACUUUUGAGACAGAAAGCAGAAUUUAUUCCUCAGCUGGAGUCAGAGGAUGACACAAGCUAUUUUGACACUCGGUCUGAGAGAUACCAUCAUAUGGAAACUGAAGAAGAGGAUGAGACAAAUGAGGAGAAUUUCAAUUUGGAAAUAGGACAGUUUUCAUCAUGCUCCCAUCGUUUUAGCAAAGUUUACAAAAGCAUGGACCGAAUCUCUCACGUUGAUGAGAAAAGAUAUGCUGAGAAGAUCCGAGGGGAGCAUGACAAUACAGGCGGGAAAUUAAAAAAGGCUAAUACACUGCACGUUGACUCAAUUACCUGGAUUCCUGAUUCUGAAAUACAACACCUGUCUAUAUCUCACAAGUCAAGCAGUGAGAACAAUAACUGUUACCAGCGUUCUGGGAUGCUGCCAAGCUUUGCUAUUUCUGCUGAGGAUGAUGAAUCUUUGUCACAGGAAGACUCUCACAGGGACCCGGAGAAGAUCAUGUUUUCCAUAGGAACAUCUCAGGAUGAGAUUGACGCAACCACUCCCAGCACCAUCAGUAGUUCUACUCUUUCAGUUGGCAGUUUUUCAGAACAUCUAGAUCAGAUUAACACCAGGAGUGACAGUGUGGAAAGCACAGAUAUUUCUUCAAAGACUGCAAGUGACAAUGUUCCACACCUGGCCCGUCAGCGAUUAGAAAGUACAGAGAAAGAAAGAACAGGCAAAGUGAUGAAAUCAGCCUCCGCCACAGCGCUCUCCCUCAUGAUCCCUGCAGAUGUUUUUGGUACUUCUCCAUUGGCUAGUCCAAUCUCCCCACAUUCCCUUUCUUCUGACCCUUCAUCAAGAGAUUCAUCGCCCAGUCGGGACUCCUCCACAAGCUCUGGAAGUCCGAAGCCUCCUAUAAUUAUCUACAGUUCUGGAAAGAAGUAUGGUUUCACACUACGAGCAAUUAGAGUAUACAUGGGUGAUAGUGAUGUUUAUACAGUCCAUCAUAUUGUUUGGAAUGUUGAAGAAGGGAGUGCAGCUCACACUGCAGGAUUAAAGGCCGGCGAUUUGAUAACCCAUGUAAAUAGCGAACCAGUACUCGGCCUAGUUCACACUGAGGUGGUCGAACUGCUCGUAAAGAGUGGAAACAAGGUCGCUAUCACGACCACGCCGUUUGAGAACACAUCAAUAAGAACUGGUCCGGCAAGAAGACACAGCUACAGAAGCAGAAUGAUGAGACGGAGCAAGAAAACAAAAAAGAAGGAAGGUCAAGAAAGAAGGCGGUCGCUCUUUAAAAAGUUUGCAAAGCAGCCUGUCAUACUUCAUACCAGCCGGAGUUUCACCUCAUUGAACCGUUCGCUUUCAUCCAGUGACAGUAUGCCUGGAUCACCAACACACAGUUUAUCUCCUAGGUCACCGACACAAAGCUUCCGGUCAGCCCCUGAUUUUCAGUCGGGUACAAAUUCUUCACAGAGCAGCUCCCCCAGCUCAAGUGCUCCAAAUUCCCCUGCUGGCUCUGGUCACGUUAGACCAAGUACACUUCAUGGAUUGAGUUCAAAGCUAGGUGGACCAAAAUAUAGAUCGGGCAGGCGGAAAUCAGCUGGUAGUAUCCCUCUAUCCCCUCUGGCACGAACCCCUUCUCCUACACCCCAACCAACUUCGCCGCAGAGAUCACCAUCACCCUUGCUUGGUCACUCAAUUGGAAGUUCCAAAAUGGCACAGACUUUUCCUGCUAAAAUGCACUCACCACCAACUAUUCUAAGGCACAUGGUUCGGCCUAAAAGUGCAGAGCCUCCAAGAUCACCGUUAUUAAAGAGAGUGCAAUCUGCUGAAAAACUUUCUCCUUCUUAUACGUCUGACAAGAAACAAUUGUGUGCUCGUAAGCAUAGCCUUGAAACAUCUCAAGCAGAAGGAAGGAAAGAGUCUUUACAGAGAGAUUUGUGUCUACAUAGUUUAGAAGAGAACGCAUUUGAAAUGUCAUCCAUCACCAAAGUUAGACCUGUGGAACAGGGUUGUCUCAAACGUCCUGUAGCAAGAAAGGUGGGAAGGCAGGAGUCACUUGAUGAAGCUGAUAAAGAGAAACUGAAGGCGAUAGUUGUAAAGAAGAAAAAUUGGAAUGUGAGACGAGAAUCUCUUCAAAAACAAAAUGCCAUACAAGAGCCAAACACUGGACAUGAAAAUGUAACUCAGGCAAGCGUAGAGGUGGCUGAGUUUAAUUUGGACGUUGCUGAAGAUUCUAAGUGUAAUGAAAUUAAAAUGCAACGUUCAGAUGAACAGCACAUAACUGCAAGUGGCCCACUGUUAUCCUCUUGCAAAAAGCUUGGUACCAGCUCCAGUAUUCACGAUGACAUCCCAUCAGUGUUGCAGACUGCACAUCCUGACCCCAAAGUUGAAAGUUCCACAUCAGCUCCUGGUGUACUUAACCCCGAGAAACCAUCCACAACUUCAGAGGUGAAGAAACUCUGUGGAAAGGAUGUUGAGGUAGAAUGGAGUAGAAAGCACACUAAAGAGCCAAAUGUUUGUGAAAGGUUGGAAACCAAGACCUCAAAUGUAGAACUUAUAGGAAGCAAAAAGUGUUACAGAGAAACUCAUAAUGGUAUGAGUUCAUCAGAAAUGUUCAAGAGUGAAAUGAUCUCACCUGCCCACACCACUCAGCCAAAGACACUAACAUCUUUGAGUAAAGAGGAAUCCUCGGUUAUGAAGAAAAACAGUACAUCAGCAAGUACUACAUGCACUUCUCACAGUCAUUUGAGGUCAACCCCAUCUGACUGUUCCAAGAUAGUAACUGGAAUGGCUCAAGUUACUUUAGACAAACCGCAGUUAAGUUUAAUGACUGAGGGUGUUCCCAGGCAGAUGACUGAAUGUAAAAUGGAUGGUAGAUCUAUCUUGAGCCUAAAGCCACUGGAAGGUACCCUUGAUAUUGCUUUCUUGUCAGGUCCGAGUACGUCUAAGGCAGAGACAUAUUUACCUACAAGACAUGAACAGCAGAGCUCAUCACUAAAGAGCACAUUAUGCCACAAGGUCAGCCCGAAUAAUAAUGCACAACCAUCUCUUUCGAAAAGCAAUAUGCCCGCAUGUGGCAAGGCAGAUGAAACAAAGAAUGUUUCUCAAAGCUUACUUCUUAGUCGUUUAUCUGUUGAGGCCUCAGGUGGAAAGCCUGAGACAAAGGAAAGCAGUUCAACAUGUUCAGUAAAGGAUAAAACCUGCGAGACCAAACGCAGUCUCGGGUCUGCACCUCAAAGCGUAAGUUCAGAAAUGUGUGCAUCUAAUGAGAGAAAAGACACCAUGGGCCUUAAGGGAAAUAAGCAAGUUAGUCAUUCACAGCCAUGUACUGUGGGGAAAGGGAACACUUGGAAAGAUCCAUCAAAGUUGUCCUUGUUGCAACACCAUUCUCCUUGUGGUACACAUCUGGAAAUGGACACAAGCAACCAAAAACAAUGUCCAAAGGAAGCAUCACAGGAAAAGCAACCUAAGAAUUCAUAGCAAGUUAAAGUAGAGGUUUUAGUGCAGUGAAAAUGAGAGCAAAAUUGCAAAUAUAUAAAUAAACUGACAACAGUACUUUCCCUCUUCCAUAAGCAUGGCAGAAUCCUGUUUCUCAGUAACUAAAGUCUUUGGGUUAAUACCUUUAAAAAAAAGUUAAAUAUUCUUUUCUGGCCCCUGCCCACCCACCUACCCCACCAGCAAUUGCUUUGUUUAUAAUGACUAAUAGAAAUAUCCUGGUAUUUAUACAAGAUCACUUGAAUGUCCAAAAUAUUGGGUGUAGAAAGAUCUUUUUUUUGUACAUAUAAUGUAAUAAAUGGCUCACGCAGCUUUGGGAAAGAACAUUGUGGGCAUAAUUUAACCAUGAAAACAUGUAACACACUCCUUGUUCUCUGUGGUAACAUGAAUAAAUGUUCAUUGUGUGGUUAAAAAGUGGUGGUGUUAUUUUAUCUGUAACAAAUUUCACAUGAAAGCACCCUUAGUGGCAUUCAGUAAAAGUUGCUGUAUAAAUGGAACAUUUGUGUGGCUAUGGAAAAGCUUGCUGUUUUUAGCAGGUAACGCUAAAAUUUACAUUCCAUUUGAAUGCAUUGAGUAGCUCUGUACAUUUCAAGCAACAUCAUUUCAUUUGUGAGGAAAAAAUGUACAUAUUAUCUACAAAAGGGAGUUUAUGGGUUUUUUUGUUCACGAAGGAGAGGGGACCUGUUGGAGUCACUCGGUGCUGAAUGGAAUUGUUUUUUCUAAGUUAAUUUUGCUAAGCCUUUAUUUAUCUGUUUCUGUGUAGAAAAACGGGAUUUAGUGUUUGUUUUGGCUGAAAUAAACGGGAAUACACAGGUAAAAACACAUCAGUGCAGUGAAGACUUGGGCGUGUAUUACUCAAUUGAGAAAAAUCCCUGUAAAGAUGUUACCUUCUAUUCUACAGCCUUUAAACAAAAUCUGUGCUCCUAGCUGGUUAUAAAACAUAUUAAACACUUGUUUACAAAUGUAUCAGAGGUGUAAAUAACUAUAUGGCAAUGUUAUGUUUGCCAAAUCUAUGUGUGGCAUUUUGGAAACCUCACAGGUAUUUUGUUUGUAUAUGUACCAAUUUAUGUUUUGGUAAUAAUGUACCAACAAACUGUUGAACAUGUGAAGAAUGUUGGGCCGUGUGGAAUCUGGUUUGUUGUGUUCUGUUGUGGCGCAGGUGAAGUUAGGUGUGUGCUGUACCUGUUGGCUUGGAGUACUCGCUAUAGUUGGACUGAUGCUUAAAGCAAUGAUUUGAAAUAUGCUGUCAGAACUGUGCAAUAAAAAAAAAUGUUUGCAGCUUCUGUGUUUUGUUUUUCCACCACAGAGCUUUGUGAAUGUUCUAAUUGUAUUGUAAUGGAAAAGAAAUAUUUAUACUUAUGCAUUUGCAUAUCACAAAAAAAAUAAAUGUUUUUCAGCAUGAAAA